AUGACGCCUUUCCUAACCCUUUUUGUGCUCAGCUGCGUCUUUGUCACAGACGCGGCAUCGACAAAGACCGACGUUGCUGAAGCCCGCAGCUCGGACAGCGGGCGUACCUUCGGGGCCCUCUUGCCGCUGGCAUUUACCCUGAUGCCUUUGAUAGCGCCGAUCAUCAGCAAGGGCGUGUUCAUGGUCCUACUGUCGGGCGUCGCCUACCUCGCCCUGUUUGUCGGGUCCUUCUUCUUUCCCGCGCUCGGUGGCCUCAUAGGACUGGGACCCGUGGGCCUGCGCUCCUUAGGGCUCGAAUUCGACCCAAGCGAAAACAGUAUCGACCGUGUGACUCGCGUCGUCCGUCAGGCCAUUGAAACCACCGAAGAGACGGUCACAGGGGGGGCGGCGGAAUGCCGCCUACGGCUCGUCUGCGAGCUGUCCAAGGCUGCGUCUGAUGGUGUGCCCACCGUAGAAAUGUUUGACGACUACUUCAGGAACCGAACUGCAGGUGCUGAUUCUUUCGCUGAUGCCUGGGCAAGCGGCUGGCUCGACAAAGACUGUGCGCACUUCUACAAUGACUGCGACCGCGAUUCAAUCGACAGAUUGUACGACAUGGUUACAGUUCUGGGUGGCCCAGAUGGCUACUUCGGCUCCAUAAUUAGCAGGUUGACUAACAGUACAGCGCCUCCCACCGAGGAUCCCACCACCGCCUCGUGGUUUGCCACAACGCUCGCGUCUGUCCGCAAGAGCACUACGCCGCCUCCGCUUUAUCAGAGCACAGCGCAACCGUCGUGGACGACCGUCGUGCAGACCCUCGAUACCAUUGCGGGAUCUGAAAAUUUCGAACAGUUUGUCUCAUCGCAAACGACGUCUGCUCCAGCAUCGACAAAGAAAUAGCCUGUUCACUUAAAGU